AGUAUUCCAUAGCGGAGAUGGCUUUCCACUAGUGCGUAGUAUAGUAUUUUUAGAUGGUGGGUUGGUAAAAUGUAUUUAAGGUGUUUGAAUCUGUAUAAGAUAGUUUGCAGUUUUUUAAUGAUAUAUUCAAUGUGAGAGUCCCACCUUAAGUGUGAAUCAAUGAUGACUCCCAGAUAUUUAAUUUCAUUAAGCGAUGAAAUAUGAUAGGGCUUGUCAUGAUAAUUCGUUAGCCAAUGAAUCUGAAUUGAUGGAGAAUUCUGUUUUAAAUGGUAGUAUCAAAUUAAAUAGUGAGCCUGAGGAAAAAUGUGCUGAGGAUGAACCAGUUAAAAAGAAGAAAAAAUCUAGUAGAAGCCAAGAUUCAGAAGGAACCAUGGAGAACGAACUUGUAAAUAAAAAGAGCAAAAAAUCCCGCAAAAGCUCAAAUCAUGAAAAUUCAUUUGCAAAUGAAUCUGAAUUGAUGGAGAAUUCUCUUUUAAAUGGUAGUAUCAAAUUCGAGAAUGAGCCUGAAGAGAAAUGUGCUGAGAAUGAAUCAGUUAAAAAGACGAAUAAAUCUCAUAGGAGCCAAGAUUCAGACAAGACCAUGGAGAUUGAAGUUGUAAAUAAGAAGAGAAAAAAAUCCCGUGAAAGUUUGGAAAAUUCAAUGGAUGGUGAUGUAGAACAAACUCAAAAAAAACGAAAAAGAGAAAAAAAAAAUCCAUAUUUAUAGUUAACUUAUCGAAGAUCCGCAAUCCAGCCCUGCUACAGCUAAAAGGCACGUAGUUCGUUUUUUCCAUGUUCACUGUGAGU